UCCGAAAAAUGAAUUCGUUCAAAUAAGGGCUUAAUGGAGUUAAUCGUCAGUGGAUAAUAGCUUCAAUAGAUGUCAUUAUUUGUUGAGAAUAGCCUCGGAUUGAAUCCGUGAAUUGUAGCCUUCAAAAUCGAAAGAAAAUGAUAUUUUGGGAAAAUCACCAUUAAUCUGUGAUGGUACCCCUUUGGAGUCAUCCAAAACUGCGCCCUGAAGAAAUCUGCCCAAAUCGGUGCUUAAUGGACUUAGUUAUCGUUGAAGAAUACCCCCAGGUCGAAUUCAUGAUCUGUAGCCUUCAAAAUCCAAGGAAAGUGGCCUUUUGAAAAAAAUCGGCCAAAAAAUUAUGAAAAUACCAUCCAGAAAUGUAUUCGUCCAAAUCGGUGCUUAAUAGACUAAAUCAUCAAUGGAGAAUAUGAUCAAUAGAUUUCAUUAUCAGUGAAGAAUAGCAUCGGGUUGAAUCCGUUAUCUGUAGCCAUCAAAUCGAAAGAAAAUGACAUUUUGAUAAUUUUAAAAAUAGGCCAAAAUCUGUGAUGGAUAGCCUUCAAAAUUAGUGAAAAAGAGCAUUCAAAAUAAUCGGCCAAAAUCUCUUAUGGAUAGCAUUGAUAAUCAUUGAAUAAUAGCAUUAUAAGGAAUUGAUUUUUUUUGUUAUGGAUAGCCCUUCAAAACGGGUGAAAAUAAAAUUCUCAAAAAACAACUAAAAUAUGUGAUGGAUAUGCUUCAAAAUCGGUGAAUAAUAACAUUGAAAAGAGUCGGCCAAAAUCUAUGAUGGACUCAAAAUUCGUGAAAAUUUUCAUUCAAAGGAAUCACCCAAAAUUUGUAAUGGAUAACUUUCGAAAUCGGUGAAUAAUAACAUUCAAAGGAAUCGACAAAAAUCAGUGCUGGAUAGCCUUAAAAAUCGAUGAAAAAUAGCAUUCCCAAAAAUUCGCCAAAAUUUGUGAUGAACAACCUUCAAAAUCAGUGAAUGACAUCAUUCAAAAUAAUCAGCGAAAAUCUAUGAUGGAUAGCCUUCAAAACCGGUGAAGAAUAUCAUUCCCAAAAAAGGCCAAAAUUUGUGAUGGAUAGCCUUUAAAAAUCAUCCAAACCUUUUUCUGACAUGAUAUUGCCCGUUUUGGAUCUAAGACUCUCACAGAUUUUGCCUUGGGGUGUAUAUCACUGCGACUUCCCAUAAAGUCGCUCAUUAUUGCAAUGCUCCACGGUGAGUACGUUUAACUUUGAGAGUUCUUACAAAAACUCAUCCACUUCACCCCAGAUUACGCCUUGUCGAUUAAUAUUUUCUUACCUAUAAACCAUGGAUCUCUCUUAUAUUUUGUCGAGGUGAGAUUCGCCACUUUAAUAUUAUUAAAAAUGAUUUUUUUUAAUUAAUUAAACCACACAUGUUACAUGUGCUCCCGGAGCACCUAAGAAAUUUCUCAUCAUUAAGUUUGUGUUUGUUUCAGUGUUUGAAUAUUUUUAACUGUGGUAGUUUCCCUUUCUUGACUUCCCCACCUUUUACUAAUUAAAGAGGGAAUGAACACCGAAGCAUAAGAAGAAAACAAGUCUAAGCACAGAACGCCAGCUCAUUAAUAAAAGAAUUAAGAAAAAGGACAGAACGCCAAUUAAUACAAAAAACAAAACGACUAUUCAAUUCAGGAAAAGGGGCAAAACGGGAAACUGGAAUUGUUUCUCGAGUCAGUUCCAUCGACAGCAUAAAUUGGAGACGGCGGAGAGGCAGCAGCAGGCAGAGCAUUUCAACCUCCGUUUUUCCCUUUCCCUUCCCCGCCGGCGUGAUCGAAUUCCCUUUCCUUUUCCUUAUCCAACAAUGGAUCCCCGCCGCCGAUCCACCGAAAAGCCACCUGUCCAGUCCCUCCACGAAGAAGACAGCCGCCGCCGGGCCUCCGACGCCCUCCCGCUCCCGCUCUACCUCACCAACGCCCUCUUCUUCACCCUCUUCUUCUCCGUCGUCCACUUCCUCCUCACCCGCUGGCGGGAGAAGAUCCGCACCUCCACCCCUCUCCACGUCCUCACCUUCUCCGAGAUCCUCGCCGUCCUCGCCUUCCUCGCCUCCUUCGUCUACCUCCUCGGCUUCUUCGGCAUCGAGUACGUCCAGUCCUUCCUCCUCCGUCCCUCCGACGACGAAGACGACGAGGUCGUCGUCGUCGACGGCAGAUUCGCCGCCUGCCCCCAAUCCCUAGACCUAGCCGCCGCUCCUCCACCCGCCAUGGAAUUACAAUUACUCCCCCAGGACGACGAGGAGGUCGUCCAAUCCGUCGUCUCCGGCGCGUUGCCUUCCUACUCCCUCGAAUCCAAAUUGGGGGAUUGCAAGCGCGCCGCCUCGAUCCGCCGCGAGUCCCUCCAGAGGAUCACCGGCCGUUCCCUCUCCGGGCUGCCCCUCGAAGGAUUCGAUUACGAUUCAAUUCUAGGUCAGUGCUGCGAGAUGCCCGUCGGAUACGUCCAGAUCCCCGUCGGAAUCGCCGGCCCCUUGUUGCUCGACGGCGGGGAGUACUCCGUCCCCAUGGCCACCACCGAGGGCUGCUUGGUCGCCAGCACGAACCGCGGCUGCAAGGCGAUUCACUUGUCCGGCGGUGCCACCAGCGUGCUUCUCAAGGACGGGAUGACCAGGGCUCCGGUGGUUCGAUUGCCCAACAUCGCGAGGGCAGCCCAGCUGAAAUUCUACCUGGAGGAUCCCAGCAAUUUCGACACGGUUUCCAUGGUUUUCAACAGAUCCAGCAGGUUCGCCAGGCUCCAGAGCGCGAGGUGUACAAUGUCUGGAAGGAGCGUGUACAUCAGGUUCUGCUGCAGCACUGGGGACGCCAUGGGGAUGAACAUGGUCUCCAAAGGUGUUCAGAAUGUGCUGGAUGUCCUGCAGGCUGAUUUCCCUGACAUGGAUGUCGUCGCCAUUUCCGGCAACUUGUGCUCGGACAAGAAGCCUGCAGCAGUGAACUGGAUACAAGGGAGAGGGAAGUCAGUGGUGUGCGAGGCUGUGAUCAAAGGAGACGUGGUGAGGAAGGUACUGAAAACCAGCGUGAAGUCACUGGUUGAGCUUAACAAAGACAAGAACCUCGUUGGUUCGGCCAUGGCAGGGGCUCUAGGUGGGUUCAAUGCGCAUGCUAGCAACAUCGUGAGUGCUGUGUACCUAGCCACAGGCCAAGAUCCAGCUCAGAACGUCGAGAGCUCCCAUUGCAUCACUCUGAUGGAGAGUACGAACGACGGGCAGGAUCUCCAUGUCUCGGUCACCAUGCCUUGCAUCGAGGUUGGAACGGUGGGAGGUGGGACGCAGCUUGCAUCGCAGUCGGCGUGCUUGAACCUGCUCGGGGUGAAGGGUGCAAACAAGGAGACACCUGGGGCGAACGCGAGGCGACUGGCGACCAUAGUUGCAGGCUCUGUUCUCGCCGGCGAGCUCUCCCUUAUGUCUGCGCUCGCCGCAGGGCAGCUGGUGAAGAGCCACAUGAAGUACAACCGAUCCAGCAAGGAUGUCACCACCCACGCUGCUGCUGCUGCUUCCUCUUAAUUUUAUUUUCUUAGAGGAGAGUAUGGGAGAUAGCUUUUUAACAUGUCGAUGUGUGUCAUUGUUGGAGACUUCGCAAGAACAUAUGGAUGGAAAGCCAAUUGGUUUGGAGAAAGGAAUUUGAUUGGAAAUAGAUGAAGUUUGGAACCGAACUUUGAAGAACAAAGAUUCAAUUGAGAAUUAGUUGAAGAAAGAAACUUGAAGUUGGAAAUAUGUAUUGAUAAACGAAGGUUUCUUACAGAAAUCACUGGAUGGAGGUACGAGAUCUUGAUUUUGUUCGACAAAGUGGAGAAUGAAAGAAUUUGCUUGAGGAAUAAGGAAAUGACAUAGGAAGAUUGUUGAUAGACGAGUUCAGGGAAAGUAAAACAAUGCACAUAGG